AUGGUGGCCAUCUGUAUCGCAUUAUCGCAAUAUAUAUUGGCAUUUGCGGCUGCCAGAGUUCAACGCGAGGCACAAAAUGAGAAUACCGUUACCGGCAUUGUGGUCAUCAGGGACCAGACAUAUCGAGCAACGUGUAACUGCCCAGCAAAUGUCAACUCAUUGGAAAACAUGGUAUAUCUUAGCAGGGGGCUCUGCUACCCUUCAAAGAUAAAAGUAAGGACACAUGGAAAACAUGAUGAUGACGAAUACAAAUUGCUACUCAAUUCAAUGCAAUUCAUUCCACAUGAAGAUUUCAAAAAUGUGGAAAAUAUGCCAUUAUCUGCCAUGGACGGAAGAGUAGAAGGAAAAUCCUUCUAUGCACCAGGAGGAGACCUAGGAAUAUUCACCAUAGCAAUGAUUAACAUGUAUGAGGGAGAUGGGAUACCGACACAAACAACGGUCACUAAUACACUUCGACAAUUUGUGCGACAAAUGCCAGAAGGACGGCAGUUCAGACAUGCAACUGACGAAAAUGCAAUCGAAAAUAUCAGAAAAGCACUCAACUGGGAGGUCGUAGAUCUCACUAACAUUGAUACACAAUAUCAGAGCAAGGUUAAAGAUGUAACAGCAGCUGGAGCAUUGGGGGACCCGUUUUUUGCGUUCAUGCUUCACAAAUUCCACAGCGAUCCCGUAAAAAAAAAGAUCAUUGUAGCAUGUGUACACGCAUUCCUGGAAAUACUAUGGGAUAAAACUGAUCUUUUAUGGGAACAGAUAGUACUACAGCUACUCAAGGGAGAACCCAAACCACGUGCACUGGUGGAGGUGUCCGUUGCAAAAGGAUGCGAAAUAGCACGGAUGGCGCCACAGGUUAUAACAAAUAUAACUGACAACCAGUUCCUUAUAUAUACAGAGUUCGCCACCAACUAUCGUAAAAAGGAAAUAGCUGCCUUCCUGUACAAUAGACAGGACCCGAAAAAACACACGAUGCCCCUUGAUGAAGUCAUACAACACUUGGAUAAACUCACACACGCUCUAACAGAAGAAUUCGGUACGUAA